GAGUUCGCCUGGGGUUCAUAUAAAGUCAGGGCCGGACGUGGAAAGCCUAGGACCGUAUUGAUAGAUUCUGUUGAAAUCCUGUUGUGUUGAUUAAAUUUUGAUUUAUGCUGUGAUUUCAAAUUUAGCAACAAGGAAAAUAUUUUCAGCAAUACUAGGUAUCAUGAAACAAAUUUCAUGAAAAUGAUCAUGAAAGAUUUGUGACCUUUGGAUUACAUUUAGAAUAAAGCACUACACACUAAUUAAGGUAAAUUAAGGGUCAUAAAUCUUUCAUAAUCAUUUUCAUAAAAAAAAUUUCAUGAUCCCAAACAUUUCUUAAAUAUUUUUGAUGAUUUGUUUGUAAGUACUGGAUGAUGUUACCUUACAUGAUGUAAUGUCUGUUGCUGUCUCGCACACACCAAUUUGUACAUUGCUGGACAGAACUAAGUUGUUGUAUUAUUAUGUUGAGCUGGUACCAAGGCUCACCUCCUUGAUUGGUUCUUCCAAAGUGAUGGACCCCGAGUAGAAGAGUAGAAGAGGAGGUGAUGUUCACACACCAUUAUGGUGGGUGAACAAAAUUGGCCUCGCUUUCUACUGUUUCGGUACAGUGUUCUUCUUGUAUGAUUAUUGCUGUACCUUCAGUUGUGGUACUGAUUAUUGAGUUCCUUUCUUGUUAAAGAAAGCUAAGCAUCAUCUUUUAAUCAGCUAGUUCAAUCCGAAGGUCUAUUGUCAAACCUGGCUGCUUGUCCAAUAUGUGGCAAAGAGGGCAGUGAAAGCAAUAAUUCAUUUGAUGAUGGUGUGUUGCCUGUCUUUUGAUAUGUAUGAUCCUUUAAAAUAGUUCCAAGGAAUCGGAGAUCUCCACUAAGUUAAUUGCCUGUUGAAAUUCAUCAUUGUCCCAUCAAUGGACUGAUACAUUAUGAAGAGUUGGAAGCAAUGGGAAGUGGUGUUUACACCUGGAAAUGAAGGAGAGGCAGCGCUGGCGACCUGAAGAGGAUGCUCUGUUGCAUGCAUACGUGAAACAGUAUGGACCAAGGGAGUGGAACCUCAUAUCACAGCGCAUGAACACAACCCUCGACAGGGAUGCGAAAUCCUGCUUGGAAAGGUGGAAGAACUAUCUCAAACCUGGCAUAAAAAAGGGAUCCCUAACCGAAGAAGAGCAGCGCCUUGUCAUCCGUCUUCAGGCCAACCACGGCAACAAAUGGAAAAAAAUUGCAGCUGAAGUCCCCGGCCGAACCGCCAAGCGACUUGGGAAGUGGUGGGAAGUUUUUAAGGAGAAGCAACAGAGAGAACAGAAGGAGAAUAACAAGGUCAUAGACCUGGUUGAGGACGGCAAGUACGACCUGAUUCUCGAGACCUUUGCUGAGAAACUGGUGAAAGAGCGCCCUGGCCCAACAUUUCUCAUGGCGACUUCCAAUGGGGGUGCACCACCAAAUUUACUUCCUCCAUGGCUUUCUAAUUCUAAUGCCCCUUCCAAUGUUAGGCCACCGUCCCCUUCUGUAACACUCUCUCUCUCACCCGCGACAGUUCCUCCCUCGCCAGCGAUUCCUUGGCUGCAGCCCGAUAGGGGACCCAACAAUGGCGCUCAUGUUGUGGGAACUUUACCACCUCGUGGUGGAGAGAACAUGCUGAUUUCUGACCUAACAGAAUGCUGCAAAGAUUUGGAAGAAGGGCAUCGAGCUUUGGCAGCGCAUAAAAAGGAAGCGGCGUGGAGGUUGAAAAGAGUGGAGCUGCAGCUGGAAUCAGAGAAGGCAAGUCGGAGGAGGGAGAAAACGGAGGAAAUUGAGUCGAAGGUGAGGGCUCUCAAAGAAGAACAGAAGGCUGCACUGGACAGGAUUGAAGCUGAAUACAGAGAACAGUUAGCAGGACUGAGAAGGGAUGCAGAAGCCAAGGAGCAGAAAUUAGCCGAGCAGUGGGCUGCGAAACACCUCCGGCUUACCAAGUUUCUCGAGCAGAUGGGUUGCUGGCCAAGGCUUGCCGAGCAUAAUGGUCGGUGAGGAGAUUUGCCAUUUAUAAAAUGGUUAUCAAAAUCACAAUCCGGAUCAUAUAAUAAAUUGCAAAAAUGAUCUAAAUUGUUGUAGAAUCGGUGUUAUAGCAAGAUCACAAGUAGGAUUGUGUGGGAUCGUAGGAAUUGUAGUAGGAUCACUUGGGUCGCGAUUUUUUAAACGUAGAAUCUUAUGAAUCUCAAUCCAAUCCACAACUUUCUCACCGAUCCUAUGUCAGAUCCUGAUUUUAUUAACCAUGAUUCAUGGUAGGCAUGGUUGUAUCAGGACUGGGCUUUUGCACUGCCCUUGUGUUUUUCUCAAUCUUGCAAUUUUUAUUUUACUAAUAUAAGAACAUUUUUGUGUU